UCCCGGAAGUGUGUCAUCAUUCCGUCCGGAGAGUGUAGGAGUGGCUUGUGGGGUGCUUGAGUUUGUGCGUUUCCUGAGUCCGCACAGUUGCAGGGCACUUCUUUCCAAUAUCAUCAUGGGGGAGCCCCAGCAAGUAAGUGCUAUGCCCCUGCCCCCGAUGCAGUAUAUCAAAGAAUACACAGAUGAAAAUGUCCGGAAGGGCUUGGUGCCCAAACCCCCUCUACCUAUCAAAGACAGCUACAUGAUGUUUGGGAACCAGUUUCAAUGCGAUGACCUCAUCAUCCGCCCCUUGGAAGGUCAGGGAAUCGAGCGGCUCCAUCCAAUGCAGUUUGAUCACAAGAAGGAGUUGAGGAAACUCAAUAUGUCUAUUCUGGUCAACUUCCUGGAUCUCUUGGACAUCUUAAUACGCAGCCCGGGUAGCAUCAAAAGGGAGGAGAAGCUGGAGGACAUCAAGCUGCUGUUUGUUCAUAUGCACCACCUGAUAAAUGAAUACCGGCCGCAUCAGGCCAGGGAGACACUCAGAGUAAUGAUGGAGGUGCAGAAGCGACAGCGGCUGGAAACAGCAGAGAGGUUCCAGAAACAUCUGGAGCGAGUAGUGGAGAUGAUACAGAACUGUUUGGCCAUGCUGCCAGAUGACCUUCCUCUUCCAGAUGGAAUAGCCAACAUAAAGACUGAACCUAUGGAGAUGGAGCCGUCAUGUAUGGACCAAAAUGAAGGGAAGCAGGAGGCUAUUGCCACUGUCAAAGCAGACAAAGACGCUGCAAUGUGCGCCAUCAUUGAUGAAAUGACCUAGAAAAUUACAAAUGUUUUUUUUUCCCCCCAUGUUGUGUAUUGUUGUUUUGUCCAAGGAGAGAGUUAAUAUCCUGGUCCUCAGUGUCAGUUAUUAUCCUUUGUAAUUAUUUGUGUUUUCUGGCUAAUAUGACUAUUAAUACAAACACAGAUACUGUAAGCUGUACAUGAGCUGUCAAAUACUUUGUACAUAUACCAUGCCAGGCAUUUUUUUUAAUUUUAUGAAAGCAUUAAAUAAUUGGUAAAUCAAAAGCUUGUUAGAUAGGAAUAUGUUAACUGUAAAAAAAAAAAAAAUAUUUAUAUUGUGCCAGUAGAUCUUUUUUAAGGCUUUUAUAAAAGGAAAGAAUGAGAAUAUUUUAUAAUGACAUGGACAAUAUACAGAAUGACAAUAAGACUGACACACAUUAAGAUAAACCGGUACAGAAGGAAAAGAGGGCCCUACUCUUGUGAGCUUACAAUCUAUGUGUAUAACAGCUGAUGUCCAAGUUUGUUCAAAGGCUAUAUUGGACGAUUCUGAAAUAAAAGAACAGAUCUGUUUAUCCCCUAGA